AUGACUGAUAAAGAUUUGAACACCGCUGUACCACCGCCAUCAGCAUCAAGUGAUCAGAAAAUUUACCAAAAUAAAGAUCUAACCAGCAAUGAUGAGCAACAACCAUCUACGAACACAUCCUUUUCUAUUGUUCCAAAAGACAUCAUGGCCAUCCCUAAACGGACUAGACCUAAUAUUAAGCGAGGAAAGACAGUCGAAAUAACAUCAUCACCCUAUCACGAAGAAUUUGAAGCACAGGAAACGAAAGAAAUCGCAAAGAAGGUGAAACAGAAUCUUUUUACUGGAAAUAAGGGGAUAGGCAAACAAACAAACACACAAAAAGAAAAAGGAAAGAAAUCUACAAAGAAGAACUCUAAAAAGAAAAGCAAAGACUCAUCUAGCGAAGAUGAAGAAGACGUACGAUGUUUCUAUUGCUCUCAUUUAUUUUCUGAAUCAACAGAAGACUGGGUACAGUGCCCCGCAUGUUCUUUAUGGGCACACUGUAGUUGUGCCGGUGUCGAAGAUAAUGAUGAAGAUGUUAGAUUUGUUUGCAAAAGGUAUGCAGUUGAAUAA